AAACUAAGUAAAACUUACUAAAAUUAGUUCCAUGAAUGUACCGUACGAACAAAAUCCAAAUUUAAAACAAAAAUUGGUAAAGAAUGGAUAAUGAAAUACAAAAUCCCAUUGCUUCUCCGAAAACUACACACAAUUGGGUAGAUAUUACCGAAAUUUUUAAUCAAAAUGUAAAAGAUUUAAAAUUGGGCGAACUGUUGCAUGAUGAUCUCUUUGGAUUGUUUGAAGCUAUGUCUGCAAUUGAAAUGAUGGACCCUAAGAUGGAUGCAGGUAUGCUUUGCAAUAGAGGAGCUCGUAAGAUCUUGUCCUUUGACCAGGCUGUGAGAGAUAACCACAUUAAACUUAAUAACUUUAAAGAGUCAGAACUAAUCAGUAUAAUUGAUAAUACAUUGGCAUGCUUGGUUUCAUGGCUGGAAGGUCAUUCUUUGGCACAAACAGUAUUUAUAAACUUGUAUUUGCACAAACCUUAUUUGAUAGAAGAUCGAUUAAAGGUCUUCUGUUUAGCAGUCUAUAAAUUGCUAGAAGUCAUUAAAGAUGUGCUACACAAAGCAAUGGUUUAUGAAGAAGAAGAUUUCCAACCAAUGCAAUAUGGGUACCACUUGAAUCCAGAUAUCUCUGAACAAAGAAUGAUUGGUAUGCUUCGGGAAAUUGAAGAAGAUCUGCAUAGAAAAACUAGAGUUAAACAAUGUGAGCCUGAAACUCAAGCAAUAUUUGCUAGAGUUAAGUUUGUAAGAAUAUUUCUACAAGUAUUAAAUUCCUUAAGGAAAGAAGAUCAACAAGCUUCAUUAGCUGAUUGUCAAAGACUGUUACAGAAUUCAUUGGAAAUGCUUUUAAUUAUGAAGGAAACUGUUUGUUUGGCUCAUGGUUUUGGAAGUGCUGAAAUUCAAAACAUGCCAGGCUUUGAACCUUCAAUAAAUCAGCGUUUAUUGCCACCAACUUUUCCCCGUUACACUAAAAUCAAAACCCAGUCAGAAGCUAUUUCUCAUUUUACAGAAAUGAUGGAAAGGUUCAAAUUGAUUACCAAAAUUCAUUCUAUCAGUUCCUUUCAUCAGUCAUUGGACUUUUUUAUGGACUUUAGCAAAACAAAUCCUUGCCUUGUGUCUCGUUCUGCUCUUCAACUGCUUUACCCUGGCGCGGGGAGUUGCUCUGGUGGUACAGCUUUGAAAGAGGCUCUAAAAGAAGCAGCCCGAACAUUCAUUGGCCCGCCUGCGUUAACUUUGCGCACUCUGGCAGGACACUCACAAGUCCGAUACCAUGUUGAUACAUUGCUUGGAAGAUGUUCCCGCCCUUUUUCAUUGUUACUUCAAUUAUGUGGACACAAUAGGGCGCGACAGAGGGACAAAUUGGCUCACUUACUAGAAGAGUUUGCUGCACUUCAGGAUGAAGCAGAGAGAACAGAUGCCUUCCUUCACAAUUUGUCAACAACUUGUGGAAUAACGAGACCUCAUAUGGCUUGCUUCGGAACUUGGAUAUUGUAUCACACCCUGCGUAUAAUGAUUAUGUAUUUAUUAACUGGUUUUGAGCUUGAAUUGUAUAGCGUUCAUGAAUACUAUUAUAUAUACUGGUAUCUUUAUGAAUUUCUAUAUGGGUGGUUAAUUUCUGCAUUGUCACGAGCAAACAGUUUUUUGGUGGAAAAUGAAAUAAUGAACGAAAUGCAAAAAAAUAAAGGAAGUGCAAAGAAAAAGCCGAAGUACAAAAAGAAAACCAGACCUUACAACAAAGAUAUUAUAUAUUUACAGGCUUUACAGAACAUGUGCGGUGGAUAUUAUAAGGCCUUGCUAGGAUUCCUUGGUGAAGGCCUCGUUGUAGUGCCAACAAGGCGUUUCGAUCGCGAACGGGUACGUUAUGAACAUCGUUUUGCGCCAUUCCAAAAACUUCCAGCUCCUCCACCUGUAGCAUAUUCGGAAUUCCGAGACGCGGCUUCGGUGGCUGCCUCGGCAGGUGCAGCACCUUUAUUUGUGGCAGGUUGCCGCCAUUUCCAGCAGGCCAGGCAACUUUUAGAGGCUUUGCAACCUCCUCCACCAGACGCACCGCAAUUAUUAAAAGCUGCAAAAACAAAUUUUGUGCUUUUGAGGUUGUUGGCUUCCGGGCACAGACCCGAUGAACGCUCUACACCCACAUUUGACUUUCCUGCUGGUUGCUAUUUUCCUAUCAUUAAACUUGGGUAAAGGAGUACUUAGCUGCCUUUAUAUCUUGUAAAACCCUAUAAAGUGCAACUGUAUUUUGGCUUUAAAUAAUACUUUAAUUAAUAAAGUAUAUAAAUAUAUAAUGCUUUCCUCUUGUGAAGUUCAUUUCACCACGGUGUUAAACCAUUUCCAAGAUUAAAGAUUCAGUAUGUUUAGUUUUGCUUAGUUAUGUUUUUUUUACCACUUUUCUGUAAGCAAUAAUGUAAUGUAUAUCUUCAUGAAGCGCUAUAUUACAUGAAGCCAAUAGUAUAUUCUAUCUGUAAAGUCAACUGCUGCAAAUGAUUAUACAGUUGAUGCUGCCCUGU